AUUGCGUGACGUUUGAGCUUCUCGCCUUUCACUGUGGCGACAUCAGAUUGAAGGCCAUUAUCAACGCAGUUUCGGCCGUCCUAUAUGCGCUAUGUUUGCCUGAGCCACUGCUAUUUGGCUUUGAAAGUCCGGAGGGAAAGUUGUCAUUAACAUAGCUACCAUUAGUCUCCAGCAUUCAUCGCUUUUAACAUGGGGUUUGUACGUAAUAGAAGACAGCGCAUAUAAGGCUCGUUUGCCGGAAGGUCUGGCGAAGCUUAGCGAGGGUCGACUGAAGUGUUGGAUUUCACUCGUGUAUGAAACUGAGCUGUGCAAAUGGAUACUUCGGUGGUAUGCAAAAGUCAGCAAAACAAUUUAUCACCCAACAUGAGAGAUCAACCAGCUGGUUAAUGAUGGAUACGGAUCUGCAAAGGAGAAUCAGCCUAAUACUAUCAAAUAGCAGUUGUCUGAAGAGGGUUUUAACGGCUUAUGUCUAUUUGACGCUGAUAGUGAUUGCCAGAAGUUAGAGAUUCUUAAAAUGCACAAAAAUGGACCGGAGAAAUUCGUCAAUCCCUUCGGUUGAAGUGGUGUCCGAGAGAUAUCAUUCAAGAAAAACAUCAGUACUACAUAACGGUUACGAAACCGACCUGGUUCAUCUAGGCCAACUAGAUGCGGCUGAUUUCAACAAGUUUUUGUCUCGGAUUGCCACAUUUUUCAAUGAAGAAGGCGUCAAUCAUCAUUGGUUAUCGAAACCACCGUCGCUUUCUCCACCCAACUGUGCGAUGUUCGGGUGGCGGCUGACGUCGUGCAAUAUGCUCACGUGCGAAUUGUGUGGUUCAAAGCUUUUCGCGGAGGUCAGUGCAAAACUGCCUGCCCAUAUCGCACGCAAAUGCCUCAAGGAAAUCGAGCGAAAUCUUCGUUCAGGCCAUACGAAGGGUUGUGCGUUUCGUUUUGCUCCCUGUCCGGAUCACUUCAAAUAUAUCUCGCCCACCGCAGCGGCAGCACUAGUAGCUGCUUUUGAACAGCGGCUUGAAUCACUUAGUGUGCUUAAGCAGGAUCUACCUUGUGUGACAAUGGAUGAAUUUGAUCAGCUUGAUAAAAUCAAACGUGAUAGCGAUCUCAAGGAUACACCGACGGAGUUGGUGAUCCUAGCGCUUCUUGGUUGGGAGCACCACUCAACGGCGUAUAAUAAAUUUGUAUUCAUCCGAUGCGGUUUCUGUUUUCGUAAAGUUUGUACGAUGUUUUACCGAAAGCUAACCAGAGAGGAGGAAGGCCUUGUCGAGGAAGCGCAACACAAGAUGUGUGAAGAGAGCCAAGCUUCCUCGCCGGCGGGUGGUACUAGCGGAGUUUCCGGUGAUAGUGACCAGCCCAAUUCGUUAGAAAGAAAGCGCAGAGGCUCGAAGGAUAUUCUUGAGGCGAGAACCAUCGUGCAAGGCGGAAAAAAGAAACGACGGCCACAGGAUCAAUUGAAUCCUUUUUUCGAGCAUAGAUCCUGGUGUGCAUGGAUCUCGAAGGAGUGCAGGGACAGUCCGCUUGGUUGGAAGGUGCUUCUCGAUCUCCUCGUUAAUCACCAUAAACGUCUUCAGGACGGCAGGGCGAUAAACAAUAUGUCGCAUGCUCAAGCGAUAGCGGCGGCGGAAAAUGCGGUGGAAAAGCUACGCAGAAAGAGUGAUUAUUGGAAAGAGAAGCUUCUACCGGCCUCCCGUGUCGGUCUUGAGGAUGCUAAUACAAACAACGAGAACCGAGGCAGUCAAAAUAACAACAACAACAACUGUACGAACAACAACAACAACAACAACAAUAAUAAUGGUGCCGACAGAAGUGAUGCCAGUAAGAACAGCUGUCCGACUACCACUGAAUCGGAAGGAAAAAGCCCAACCGGAAAUAAUACCAGUAAUCAUUUAAAGAAGUCAAAUCCAAUAAACGAAGUAAUUGUGGCCGAGAAACAGCAAGGGUCUCAGGUGAUCAUAGAUGACCGCUAGUUUCUGAAUCUGUUUAAAAAUUGUAUCAUACAUUUAAUUCACGACUGCCUAACUUUUUUUUUUAUAAUCCAUUAUCAUCUACAGAUCUUUUUCGUAAAAAAAACCCUAAUACCAUUGUACAGCACAUCUUUUGAUGGUGUCAUCGUUUACGAUGUUUCUGCUUCUUUUGUAACACCGUGACGAGAAGGCCACUUAAAUAUCUGGAUUUCAGCUGUUUCUAUUGACAUCGUAAUCCACCAUGCUUACCUGUAAAACGGAAACUGGCCAAUCUGCCGGGAUGUCUCUGGUUUCUCCUCUGGCUUCUUGCGGCUAAAUGUAGAUAAUGUAUUAUAUAACGGAUAUAUUGCUUACGGAGCUUUUGCAUGUGAGCUGUUACCGGAUAAACGACCUUGGUCGAAAUUGUGAACUUUACCCCUUAAACUGAUGGAUUCAGAUACUCUAUCGUGAUAGCAAAUGUAUUUUUAUAUUAGCAGGGCAUUUAUGUUAUAUCAGACAUUCUUAAACGACAUUAAAGCCAAGUUUCAAGACUUAGAGGAAGCACAAGUGACAACAUACUACACUGUCUGUAAAUAUUGCGUGAUUUUUAUGUAGAAAUAAAAUGAUAUGGCGCAUCAGUGUAUAUUACUGCUACUAGAGCUGAGCAAUAUUACUUUACCGUUACGCGACACGAAUAAGGUGCUAUAGUACCUUAAUAUUUCAUCGGGACUCUAUGUAUACGGACAUAAAAAUAGAAACUUACUGAAAUUUAUCGAGCAAUGAAUGAACUAAAUGAUAUUGCCGCUAAUUGUGAAUAUAAAUAAGAGUUUUGUAAUUUAAUGCUAAAAUGCUAUGAUCUUAUUUCAUAUCUAGUCAACUGGAAUUUUGAUAAUUUGGGCAAAUUUGGUACUGAUUAGAAAUAACGGGAGUCACACGUUCGUUUUUACAAGAAGAUAAAUGAAAACACUUUUUAUGAUGAAUAACGACGCUAAUUAUACAAUUAGCUUACAAGUGGCUUAGAACUGUUGGGUAACGUACUGCUAGCAGGCGACAGCAAAAACAUUUUCAGACAAAGCUCGUUAAGCUAUACAAGUGAUGAGAGCUCUCCUGGUUAUAUUAAAAAAGUGCAUGAAAAUAAAUGGAAAAAAAUUUUAGAAACUCGGGCAAACGGCGGGGUCAAAGAACUGCGAGAAACGAGGAAGGUAUAUUUGCGUAUUUAAUAGAUAAAAAGAGAAACAAUGCUUCUCCUAAAUAAAGUGGAUAUUCAUCUCGAUUUCUGCCCAUUUCUGGAUAGCACAGGUUCGCUAGGAAUUCGUCCUACACUAGCCCCUGGAUAAAACUUCCAUUCGUCGAAAUCUUACUUUUUUGGAACCAGUGCCCCAACUCAGUAGUCUCUUUCAAAAUAUUUUGCAAGCUUAAAUCAAAAGUCUACUGAAUUUCAUUUUGGCACAUAAAAAAUAUCUGGUGCCUGAAAAAGAAUCUACUGAAUGUAUUACCUUAUCUUUUGUUUUGGAACACCAUACACAUGCUGAAGUCAGCUGGGUAGGGUGAAAACUCUUCG